UAUAUCAACUUUUCAAUCUUGUUGACUAACGAACUUUCAGACAAAACAUACAAGGAGUGAUCAGUUUCACCAAAAAAAUCUGCAUUAUCAUUUAGAUUAGAUCGUUGCUAUCUUUCUCAGGAUAUUUUCUUUUGGUUCUCUUCAUGUCUUCUUCUUCAUCAUCUUGCGAUUGGGUAUACGACGUCUUCCCAAGCUUCAGAGGAGAAGAUGUCCGUAAGUCAUUCUUCAGCCAUUUUCUCAAGGAGUUGGAUCGAAAACUCAUCAGUGCUUUCAAAGACAUGAAGAUCCAGACAAGUGAAUCACUUGAUCCCGUCCUUAAGCAAGCUAUUAAAGAUUCAAGGAUUGCCAUCGUCAUCUUCUCCCAAAACUACGCUUCUUCUAGCUGGUGCCUUAACGAGUUGCUGGAGAUAGUGAAAUGCCAAAAGGAGUUAAGUCAAAUAGUUAUACCUGUUUUCUAUGAUUUGGAUCCUUGUCAUGUCAGACAUCAGACUAAAGACUUUGGAGAGGUCUUCAAGAAGACUUGCCUGAGAAGAACAGAGGACGAGAUAAAACUAUGGCGAAAAGCUUUGACCGAUGUGGCAAAUCUUGUCGGAUAUCAUUCUCAAAACUGGGAAAACGAAGCAAAAAUGAUUGAAGUAAUAGCAAAUGAUGUUUUGGGUAAAUUGAAUUUAACUCCGUCUAAGGAUUUCGAGGACUUUGUUGGGAUUGAAGAGCAUAUGAAAAAGAUGAGUUCACUCUUGUGCUUGGAAUCCAAGGAAGUGAAGAUGAUUGGGAUAUGGGGUCCAUCCGGAAUUGGAAAGAGUAUUAUUGCAAGGGCACUAGAAUCUCGACUCUCACGUCACUUCCACGGUAAAGUCUUCAUAGACAUGCGUUUCAUAUCCAAGAGUAAGGAAUUUUAUCGCAAAGGUAACUCAGAUGACAUCAACAUGAAGUUGCACUUGCAAGAAAACUUCCUUUCCAAGAUAUUAGAUAAAGAAGGGAUAAAAGUAGAUCGCUUAAAUGCCGUGAGAGAAAAGCUAAAGCGCCGAAAAGUUCUUAUAUUUAUCGAUGAUUUGGAUGAUCAAGUGGUGUUAGAUGCAUUGGCGGGUGGAGCUGAAUGGUUUGGUCCCGGGAGUAGAAUCAUUGCAAUUACAAAAGAUAUGCAGAUUCUAAGGGGUCAUGGGAUUACAUGUGUUUACGAGGUCAAAAUCCCAACUAAAAAAAUAGCUCUUCAGAUGUUAUGUCGAUCUGCUUUCAGACAAGAUUCUCCGCCUGAUGGGUUCGUGGAGGUUGCGGCCGAAGUUGCAAUGCGUCUAGGUGGUCUUCCUUUGGGACUUAACAUUAUAGGUUCGGCGUUGCGGGGAAGGGACAAAACGCAUUGGGUAAAUAUGUUGCCAGCUCUUCGGAAAGGUCUAGACGGAAGAAUUGAGGAAGCACUAAGCUUCAGCUACAAGGUAUUAGAAAGAAAUGAAUACAAAGCAUUGUUUCGUCACCUCGCGUGUCUUUUUAACGGUGAUGAAGUCAGUUACAUCAAGCUGAUGCUUGCAGAUAGUGAGUUGAAUGUUGACAUGGGUCUUGAAGUUCUUGUUGACAAGUCCCUCAUACGUGUGGUUCCGUCGUGGAAUAAUACGAACAUCGUGGAGAUGCACUGUUUGGUACAAGAAAUGGGUAAAGAGGUUGUUCGUGGACAGUCUGACAAGCCUGGAGAAAGAGAAUUCUUAAUGGAUUCAAAGGAUGUUUGCAAUGUUCUUAAAGAUCGCACAGGUAGUGAAAAGCUUAUAGGUAUAGCAAUGGAAUUAGAUGAGAUUGAUAAGGUGAAGAUACAUGAGAAGGCCUUUAAAAGGAUGAGUAAUCUCCGUUUCCUAAAAUUCUAUAAAAGGUCAUUGGAACCGAAGAAAGAAGUUAGAUGGCAAUCACCCAAAACACUCAAUGAUUUUCCGGAUGAACUCAAGUUACUUAGUUGGCCAGGGUACCCUAUGGAAAGCAUGCCUUCUAAUUUUUGUCCUGAAUAUCUGGUUGAACUCAGUAUGCCUAACAGCAAGCUUAAAAAGCUAUGGAAAGGAGUUGAGGAGCUUACAUACCUGAAGGAUAUGGAUUUGUCAGGAUCUAAAAGCCUAAAAAAGAUUCCAGAUCUUUCAACAGCGACCAAUCUUGAGACAUUGAAUCUUCAUGGUUGUUCAAGCUUGGUGGAGCUGCCUUCUUCUAUUCAAAAUCUCAAUAAACUGACGGAUUUGAAUAUGGCUGGAUGCACAAAUCUGGAGACACUUCCAAAUGGAGCCAACCUGAAAUCUCUCAUCCGCCUCGUUCUCACUGGUUGCUCACAGUUGAAGGUUUUCCCUGAUAUUUCUAGUAAAAUCGAAUCCAUCAUUGCAAACAAGACAGCUUUUGAAAUUUUCCCUACUAAAUUGCGUCUUGAGAAUCUUGUUGAACUUCGCAUGGAACACAGCAUGAGUAAGAGGUUGUGGGAGGGAGUUCAGCCUCUUACAAGCCUCACAAAGAUAGUGUUGUCUGGAUCAAAAAACCUGAAAGAAAUCCCAGAUCUUUCACUGGCAACAAGUCUAGAGACACUAAAUCUCAAUGAUUGCUCUAGUUUGGUGGAGCUAACUUGUUCAUCAAUCCAGAACCUUAAUAAACUAACCACCUUGGAAAUGAUAGGAUGCUCAAGCCUAGAGACUCUUCCUACUGGCAUCAACCUGAAAUCUCUCUUACGCCUCAACCUCAAUGGAUGCUCGCAGUUGAAGAGUUUCCCUGAUAUCUCAGAUAACAUCUCAACCCUCCUUCUAAACGAAACAGCGAUAGAAGAAGUUCCUCCAUGGAUCGAAAACUUCUCCAAACUUGAAUCCUUGGAAAUGUGGAAAUGCAAAAAUCUAGCGACUCUUCCAACUGGCAUCAACCUAAAAUCUCUCUAUCGCCUCAAUCUCAGUGGAUGUCCACGGCUGAAAAGUUUUCCAGAUAUCUCAAGCAAUAUCUCCAAUCUUUAUCUUAACCAAACAGCCAUUGAAGAAGUCCCUCCUUGGAUAAAUAACUUCUCAAGCCUUGAAGCCCUGGAAAUGUGGGAAUGCAGACAGCUAAGAUGCAUCUCACCAAGCAUCUUCAAACUUGAAAGUCUUGACGAGAUUUUCUUCUCGGACUGCGAGCAGUUGGCUGGAGUUAGCUUGCUGGAGGAAGCAGAAGACACCAGUAAUAAGUUGUCAUUGAUAAGUUUCACCAACUGCAUAAAUUUGAAUCAAGAAAACUUCAUUCAACAAUCGGUUUCCAAGUAUCUUAUCCUACCAGGUGUUGAAGUGCCCCCUUACUUUACGCACCGAUCUACAGCUGGGAGCAUCUUUAACAUCCCUCUACAUCAUUCUUCUCUUUCUCAACAACCAGUCUUCGACUUCAAGGCUUGUGUCGUGGUUUCUGAUGUCGGUGCGGUUUCUGAAGGAACAGAAACGGCUACCCAUAAUCUUUGCUUUAUAGACAUUGAGGUACAUUGCCGGUUGAAAGACAGCCACGGGAACUACUCUGGGUCAACAGAGUCAAUAGAUUUCUCCUUACCUCAAGAGUAUGAUCAUCUGAUUAUUUUUGACUGUCCUUUCCGUCAAAAUCAAGAGAGUGGUGAACCGAAUUGCGAACAAGUUGAGAUAGAGUUUAGUCUCGUUAGUACAGGACUCAGACUAAUAGGAUGUGGUUUAAAAUGCCAAUGACUUCAUUCAUGUAACCUCUUCUUACCCUGAAAUACUACUAGUUUAGGUCGUCAUGCCCGGCCACUGUAACGUUUUUCAUACAUAUUUGUGGUUAAAAAUCCUUUACUUUC